ACAACACCAUCCAAUUUUUGGAAACAUUUGUCUUAGGGAAACAGACUUCCUAUCUUUCCUUCUUCACAUUUACUAGAGAGAAAUUAAGAGGAAGGUCAUGAUCUGGGGUUUACUCUACCUACCAAGAUCAUGAUCUAUCUCAUUUCAUCCCUAUUCUUUUGAACCCUCAUUUCUUCAUCUCUUUCUUAUCAACACCCCACUUUUUAAAUUUUCACAGAGCACAUUCUUUGUCUUGAAUUUUGUUGGGUUGUUUUUAUUAGACAAAAGUUAAGGUAAAAAGAAUGGCUUCGCGAUCUUUUAAGCGUUUGGUUGAACAGAAGAUGGGGAGAGUUGGGGUUUUCUUCAUAUAUGCUAUUCUUGAAUGGGUGAUGAUCAUUAUUCUUUUCAUUGAUGGCUUUCUUGCAUUUUUCACCAAUGAAUUCGCUAAAUUCUUCGAACUGAAAGUUCCCUGCUUGCUAUGCACGAGAAUCGAUCACAUUUUCAUUAAAAGAAACUCCAGUUUCUAUUAUAAUGAUUCCAUUUGCGAAGUUCACAAGAAGGACAUCUCUUCCCUUGCGUAUUGUCAUGUCCACAAGAAGCUUUCUGAUAUUAGGAACAUGUGUGAAGGCUGCCUUCUCUCAUUUGCAACAGAGAAGGAUUCUGAUUGUGAUAGGUACAAGUCAUUAGUUGGGAUUUUGCAUAAAGACAUUGAUUGCUUUGUGGAUGGAGAUGAUCAGAGAGUUUCCAUAAAAUCAGUGAAGAAUGAAGAUGAGGUCAUCAAAACAGGAGCUGUUGUUAUCCUGAGGUGUUCUUGUUGUGGGGAGCCUCUGAAAUUGAGGUCUAAAUAUUUGCGGAACUCGUCUAUAAAUGAAAAUAUUUAUUCUCAAGCUCCUGCCCCGUCUCCUCGAUCUCCCUUGACAAUAUGGAGAAAUGAGGAAUCGCGCAAUCUAGAAUUGCCUCAUUUCCGGUACACAGAGCUCAAGUUUACCUCAGAAAAUGACUCGGACCUUCCAGAUGAUGAGGGUCACCAAAAUGCAGCAGGUAGAGAUGAUAUUAAAGCUGCUAGUGUCCCACUUCUACCAGAUCCUGAGGACAUACAUGAUGAUUCUUGCAAAACCCCAAAUUCUGCAAGAAAUAAAUUCUUUGGAAUCCCAUUGUCAGACUCAGCUCAAGCCAGUCCUAAGUGGCCUUAUAGGCCCAGAAAAUUGGGUGGUGAUAAGAGUGAAUUCAUUUCAGAUGCUAAUGACACGAGUGCAGCAGACGAUGACAUCUUGCAUCGCUUAAAGAGGCAGGUUCGUCUGGACCGAAAGUCUCUCAUGGAACUGUACAUGGAAUUGGAUGAAGAAAGAAGUGCCUCUGCUGUUGCAGCAAACAAUGCCAUGGCAAUGAUCACGCGCUUGCAAGCAGAGAAGGCAGCUGUCCAAAUGGAAGCAUUGCAAUAUCAGAGAAUGAUGGAAGAACAAGCAGAAUAUGACCAAGAGGCCUUGCAAGUCAUGAAAGACCUAGUUUUGAAGAGGGAGGAAGAGAUAAAGGUAUUGGAGGCUGAACUCGAGACCUACAGGGAGAAAUAUGGACAUAUCAAGAAAGUAGGUAGUGAGGUCUGUGAAGUCGAUGCAGAUGAUGAUUAUCAAGAGUUGAAAUCUCAUUCUGUAUCAUCCUUCGGUGAAAGAUCAGACUGUGGCAGUCCUCGUGAAGUAGAUCAAGAUGGAGUAAACGAGCUCCAUAUUGAACGUCCUAGGGAAUAUGGAGAGGGAAUUGUUGAUCAAUCAAACCUUGAUUUUGAGAACGAGAGAUCUUAUCUACAGGGUUUGUUGACAAACCUUGAAAAGAAGAUUAAAAUACCUCCUGAUGUUGAAUCUCAUGUGUUAGAGCCUAAUGUUAUUCAAGAAAGAGGAAAUGAGAAUAAGGUUACCCUUACAAGAGAAGUGUCUCUAAUCAGAGAGAGAUUGAGAGCUGUAGAAGCAGAAAGUGGCUUCUUAAAACACGCGGCCAUGACAUUACAGAGGGGUGGAGAAGGAACAAAACUCUUGACUGAGAUAGCUCAACAUCUGCGGGAGCUUAGAUACUCUGAUACAGCAACAGGGAAUGCAGAUGCAUGACUUUUGUCCAAAAAGGAGUCAGUUAUGCAACAAGUGUUUUUUGCAGUUCUUUCUCCUCCUUUUCCUCUCUUCUUCCACAUUAGGAUGUACAGUCUUUGAAGGAGCCCUGAAGUUCCCAGCUUUGGCAUUUCUCGGAGUUUAACUUCUCAUUACUUAGAGCCUUGAGGUACUUCUGGUGAAAUUGGCUUGACCAGAUAACUUUGAAAUAAUCCAGCAAAAGGCAGAAUGGACUCACGGGAGGACUCCAAUGAGAAACGAAGAAAUAGUUUUGUUAAAUGUAACGGUUAUAUAUUUGUAUGAUAUCCACCUCUCUUGACCUCUUGCAAUCUAUUUGAAAUGAGUUGUUUCAUCAGAUGCUGCAAUAGGAAGUUCAAUGACAGCAGUUGUACACAGCUGCUUGUUUAGCAGACGAUAUAACUUAAACGUAAUUAAACGAACGGAGUGGAAGGUGUGAGUGAGCAUAAAAUGGAUCCCAAUCCCCUAAUGUGUUACUUAUCUUUCUUUUUUCACUCACACUUAAUUUGGUUCCUAAAGCCUCAA